AUGACUACACCAGGCGAUCCUCAAGCCAAAGUUUAUUCCCACAUCAACGGGGGAGAAAGCGAUAUCCUAGCCAGGCUUGCUGUGACCGAGUUGUGCAAAGGCUGGCCUAUAUAUCGCGAUGCGUCAGAGUGGAAGAAUUUCCGCUCCCUUUUCUCUGACGACGCGUGCGUCUGGACAACAUGGAGCAAGCGUCAACCCAUCGACAGCUUUAUUGAAAAAUCAAAGGAGGGAAAGUCAAACGGCGACUUCAUCUUGCAUCGCGAAUGCGGUACUCUCGUAGAGUUAAACAUGACAACGCUCCGCGCAGUUGGCAAGAUGAAGGCGACGAUAACCCAGCGAUUCAAGAUUGGAGAGGGUAGUAGUGUAGGGCUUGAACCCGUCAUAUUCGACGUGGACUGCGACUCUCGGUUUCAUUUCUUUUGCUUCUACGACUCGGAUACCAAUGAAUGGAAGGUCAAGUACGUCAAGUUGAUAUAUGAGAAAGACAAGCUUGUUCCUGUCGACGGAAAUGCCUCCCCGGGUUUCCCCAAGGAUGCACUUGAUAGGUACCCAGAAGGGUACAAGUAUCUCGGUGCUGCCCAAAGCAUGCUCGGGCAUGAUAUUGACGCUUCUCUUCCAACCAUUCAAGGUUCGGAAUAUGGGUCCUGGGAAGUGCCACGGUUGGAGUUAUACGAGAAGAUGGAGGAAUGGCUCGACGGCGCAGAUGACAUUGACCUUUCAACGAACCAUGGCCACAAAGCCACCAACGGAAAGGAUGCGCACAAAGAGCGAUAA